AUGGAGGGCUGCGGGAUGAACUGCAUUAAAUAUCUGCUUGUUGUUUUCAACGGCUUAUUUAUGAUCUUCGGCAUAGUGAUCAUAACGACAGCAUGCGUGGAUUUAGGUAUGCUGAAGGGUUUCGCGGGCAUGGAGACGACGGGGCACGAGACCGACGCGGUGCUGAUCGCAAUCGGUGUGUUCAUCAUUGUGGUGGCUGCUUUCGGCUGUUUCGGCGCCUGGAAAGAGAGCCCUAAGCUGUUAUACAUUUACGCCGGAUGCCUCAUAGUUAUCAUCCUUCUGGAACUGUCCGUGGGCAUCGCGUCGGCGGCGCUUCGUCCUCAAAUCGAAGGCACGAUGAAGACCCACCUCCGCACUUCAUUCAUCAAGAACAAGUCCACCAGGGAGGAGGACUCGGUAUACAGGGAGUUCUGGGACCGCAUUCAGAAUAACUUGGAGUGCUGUGGAGUGACUGGCCCUGAGAACUACGGUGCUUCUGAACCUCGUUUGAAGCCAUCAUUCAGCUGCUGCCCCCCGGACAACUCGGACCAAGUAGACGAAAUCAAGCGCUCUGACUGCCUCUCCAUGGAGAAGUACUAUAAAGUGGGCUGCGAGGACAAGGUUCUAAGUGCGGUGCACAGCGCUGGCUUGUCUGUCAUUGUUUGCGGCAUUCUGUUCUGCUUCUUAGAGGUUGCCGGCAUUGUACUAGCGCUGUGGCUGGCGCAAUCCAUAAAAUCAGAAGGCAAGAGUCGCGAAACGGCGUAA